GUAGUACUGACUUUAGUAAUACAGAAUCGCUGCUCCAUUCUCCCCGUUGUCAGUAAGGGCCAUCUAUGCAAGCUUAUUGGCCCAGUGAAGUUCAGAAUGAACGCAUAAUUACUCGUUGCGUUUUAAACGCAGCAGCUCGACUUACUUCCUUUGGCAUCCUGGCGAGAAAGAAUUUGAAGCAGUAAUUAUACUAUUUAAUAAGACUUUGGACAACGGCGUCAGCACGUUGGGUCCUGUCGCUAGCGGCGCCUCAGCACGACACCUAAAACUCUCAAGAGGCCUUCACAUGGUAGCCUUUGGCUGCAUCAUACACUUUCUUCUUCUUCUUCUUCAUUUAUUUCUGCAAACUGAGGCUUCAUUAGUGGCAGUCUAUUCAAUUCAACGGCAUGGCGCACGCAAUGUCCUUCGCAAAGGGGCCCUUCUGACCGAAGAUGCCCUCGUCGGUGGCCCAACGUUGCUACCCGAAGGGCAGCGGCAGACAUACACGGCAGGCGUCUCCUUCCAGAACCGCUACCUCAACAGUAGUACAUGUACCGCCACUUCGACCUGCCUACCGGGGCGCCGUAACGGCACCAAGUACGGCGUGCUCGGGCAACCAGGAAUCGGAUACGGCAAUUUCGAUGUCUAUGUGCGGAGCAGCGCCUUGGACCGAUCCAUCCUGUCCGGACUCUGCUUCUUCAACGGCAUCUUCCCACCGGACCCAACCGCCCCAACCGCUUCGUCGUUCGUCCCAACGGGCGCCCAGGUGGUCCCGAUCUACACCCAAUCCGAUGAUGACGACAUCCUCAUCCGCGCCUACACGAAGUGCGACACCUACCAGGCCAACCUCAUGAAGUGGUUCUCCAGCCAGGAGUUCGCCGACAAGGCCGCCGAGUCGGCGCCGCUGCGGGCUCAGGUGCAGCAGAUGAUGCCGCCGGACACGAACACAUCCCUCACCAAUUGGUGGAACGUGUACGACAGUAUCAACGUCUACCAGACGUACGGCGUAGGCGACCCGGUGCCGCAAUUCAACAGGACCCUCUUCCAAAAGAUCCAAGAUCUGGCGUACUGGUUGGAGACUGCCAAGAUGCGGUCAAACUUGACAGGCAACAUGCUGGGUGGCGUGGCGCUUGCGGAUCUCGUCAACUACUUUCAGUUGGCCGCAACCGGCGCGACCAACGGCACUAAGUUUUACUACAAGCUGCUAUCGCUGUCUGGUCAUUACAAUACCCAACUGGGCAUACUGGCGGCUUUGGAACUGGACAAAUGGCCUGGUGCCAGCAACUUCACAUGGCUGACGAGUUUGCCGAAGCUGGCUGCCGUACUGGUAUUCGAGCUGCAUGCCGCUGACGAUAGACCGCCCGUAGUUACUGCUCCAUCGUACUAUGUACGGCUGGUGUACCAGGACGGUCCGGCGGCGCAGUACGACACAGUUCCGUUGCCGUGCGCGUCGGCCGCCGGCGCUGCAGCAGUAGGCCCUGGGGUCUGCACCUUGGGGGAUUUUUUGUCGUACACAUCAGCGAGGGCACUGAACAGCUCGCUGGCAUGGUGUUCGGCGUGCAGCAAUUUCGCGCCAGGUGCCUGCGCGUCGGCGCGGCUUGCUGCGCUCAGGGCGGCGCGAGGGGGCGAUGAUGGUGACGGAAAAAAUGGCGGCGGUGACGCGGAGGCUUGGAAGGUUGCGGUGUCCGUGGUGGUGACGUUUUUCGGGGCGGUGAUGCUGACGGCCGUAGCUGUGUGGCUUUGGCAGCGACGGCGGCAUGGAGGCCAGGAAGGCGGCUUCGGAGGUUCACUCACCAACCUGCAGACUGCUGAGAUGGCGGAGUAUCAGAAACAUUCAAUUUAAUAAUGCAACGUG